CCGCUUCUCCGCGGCCAGCAGCAGCGGCCUCUCCAGGGGGACUCUCGCCUGCGCCCCCCGCGCGUCCCCGCGCCCGCCCUUGCCGCUCUCGCCGCCGCUUGCCCUUGGCUCUGCGGCGCAGGAGGGCUGCCGCCGCCGCCGCCGCUGCCCCUUCCUUGCCGGGCGCCUGAUCGCCCUUCCCCGCUGCCCCGGACCGCUGACUGGCGGCUUCUUCUGGCUUCUCUCGGAGCUGCCUCCGAGCCUUUUUCGGGGAGGGAUGUCCAAUCGUAAGUCUCCCUCCCUUUAGAGAGAGAAUUUGAACUCCACCACCACCCCCUUUUUUAACUCAGCAGGCUCUAAGUUUUCUUUUCUCACUCUCCUUGGGGGAGAAAAUACUGCAGGGAUUCUUGUUUUGGGGGUCGAGGAGGAAAAGUACCCCAUCUUAACCUGGAUUUCUCUAUUAUGAGAGCUUUACAAGAUCAGCCUUGGUUUAGAUUUCAUUUCGCUGCCCCCCUCUUCUAAUGAAGGGCUUCCCUGCAAGCAGGCUGCUCUCAGCAUUUUUGUGUUUGGGGUUUAUUUAGUUUAGGGAAGAAGCCGUCCCAGGGCAGCAGAUCCGCCCGUUUUCUGGGGAAGAGGAGGAAAAUGCAGGCAAAACUCCUGGGAACUCCUUGCUCAUUCCGCACUCUGCCCUUCCUGUUUGGGAUCGCAGCUCUCCUGGGGCUGCUACCUGUGCUGAACGGCCAUGAAGCCCCCAUGGAGGUUACGCCACCCUCGCACUCCUCAAAGGCACUCAUCUCUGUGAUCGAGAGCAUCACUGCGGCUCCCCCGGCAUCCCAGGAGCUUCAUCCGGUAUCCACACACUCCCAGAACACCUCGGCCGGCGGACACGGCAAGCACCGGAAACCUUUUCCUGUCGUGGGUAUCCAGUACAAAAGUGUGCGGGUCCCCUUUGAGAUCGCGCUCUGGAUCCUGCUGGCAUGCCUCAUGAAGCUGGGAUUCCAUGUGAUUCCCACCAUCUCCCGCAUCGUGCCGGAGAGCUGCUUGCUCAUCGUCGUCGGACUGCUGGUUGGAGGGCUGAUCAAGGCCGUGGGCGAGGACCCCCCAGUCCUCCGCUCGGAUGUCUUCUUCCUCUUCCUCCUCCCGCCCAUCAUCCUGGAUGCGGGCUACUUCCUGCCACUGCGCCAGUUCACGGAGAACUUGGGCACCAUCCUGAUCUUUGCGGUCGUGGGCACGCUGUGGAACGCGUUCUUCGUGGGGUCGCUGCUGUUUGGCGUGUGCCAGAUCGGCGUCGCUGGUCUGACGGACAUUGGCCUGAUAGCCAACCUGCUGUUUGGCAGCAUCAUCUCGGCAGUAGACCCUGUUGCCGUCCUGGCUGUGUUCGAGGAGAUCCACAUCAACGAGCUUCUGCACAUCUUGGUGUUUGGGGAGUCCUUGCUCAACGAUGCGGUUACAGUGGUCCUCUACCACCUCUUUGAAGAGUUUGCGACAUUCGAGCAGGUCUCCAUCACGGACAUCAUCCUGGGCUUCCUCAGCUUCUUCGUGGUGGCCCUGGGAGGCGUCUUUGUUGGAGUCGUCUAUGGCGUCAUCGGAGCCUUCACCUCUCGCUUCACUUCCCAUAUCCGCGUCAUCGAGCCCCUCUUCGUCUUUCUUUACAGCUACAUGGCGUAUUUGUCCGCCGAACUCUUCCACCUUUCAGGCAUCAUGGCGCUCAUUGCUGCCGGGGUGGUUAUGCGCCCAUAUGUGGAAGCCAACAUCUCCCAUAAGUCGCACACCACCAUCAAGUACUUCCUGAAGAUGUGGAGCAGUGUCAGCGAGACCCUCAUCUUCAUCUUCCUCGGCGUCUCCACCGUGGCCGGGAAGCAUCACUGGAACUGGACCUUUGUCAUUAGCACCCUGAUUUUCUGCUUGAUCGCCAGGGUUCUAGGUGUCCUCGGGCUGACAUGGUUCAUCAACAAAUUCCGCAUUGUGAAGCUGACCCCGAAAGAUCAGUUCAUCAUUGCCUACGGCGGCCUGCGAGGGGCGAUCGCCUUCUCCCUGGGCUUCCUCCUGGAAUACAAGCAUUUCCCCAUGAGAGAGAUGUUCCUCACGGCCAUCAUCACCGUCAUCUUCUUCACUGUCUUUGUGCAGGGCAUGACGAUCCGCCCUUUGGUGGACCUUCUAGCCGUGAAGAAAAAGCAAGAGACGAAGCGGUCCAUCAAUGAGGAAAUUCACACACAGUUCCUGGAUCACCUUUUGACAGGGAUUGAGGAUAUAUGUGGCCACUAUGGCCACCACCAUUGGAAGGACAAGCUGAACCGCUUCAACAAGAAAUACGUGAAGAAGUGCCUGAUUGCCGGGGAGCGAUCGAAAGAGCCCCAGCUGAUCGCCUUCUAUCACAAGAUGGAGAUGAAGCAAGCCAUCGAGCUGGUGGAGAGUGGAGGAAUGGGCAAGAUCCCCUCUGCUGUUUCCACCGUUUCCAUGCAGAAUAUCAAUCCAAAAACCUUGCCUGUGGAACGCUUCCUGCCAGCUCUUUCGAAGGACAAAGAGGAGGAGAUCCGGAAGAUCCUGCGUAACAACUUGCAAAAAACCCGACAGAGGCUGCGUUCAUAUAACCGACACACCUUGGUGGCAGACCCGUACGAAGAGGCCUGGAACCAGAUGUUGCUGCGAAGGCAGAAAGCUCGGCAGCUGGAACAGAAGAUAAACAACUAUUUAACGGUGCCGACACACAAGAUCGAUUCUCCAACCAUGUCACGGGCGCGCAUUGGCUCAGACCCGCUGGCCUAUGAUCCCAAGCCAGACUCGGAGAACCUGCCCAUCAUCACCAUCGACCCAGCCUCCCCGCAGUCUCCCGAGUCUGUUGACCUGGUGAACGAGGCGCUGAAGGGGAUGAACCGCCUCCCUCCAUCCCCGGAAGAAGAUGAGGACGAGGAAGGGCUGGUGAUGCGCGCCAAAGAGCCUUCCUCUCCGGGCACAGAUGAUGUGUUCACCCCCGGAACUGGCGACAGCCCAAGCAACCAGCGGAUAAUGCGAUGCCUGAGUGACCCUGGGCCUCGGCCCGACCCGGAAGAGGGGGAGCCCUUCAUCCCCAAAGGACAGUGAGCCUUGAGUUGCACUGCUAGACCUGGCCUGUCUAGGGGAGCUUCCUGUACAUGUGCUCACACAUGCACGCUCCGUCACCCACUCAGGCGUGCAUACGUAGACACACAUAUAUAUCUAUCAUGGACUCUCUCUCUCUCUCUCUCUCUCUCUCUCUCUCUCUCUCUCUCUCUCUCUUUCUCUUCUCUCUCUCUUUCUCUUCAUUUUGGAAGCUGUGCUAGGAGGUCUGACAAAAUCAAAUGGAACACACCUCAUGCCAACUGGGCAGCUUUGCCAAGGAAGCAUCCGCUGAACUUGAAUUCCUUUUCCUGGAAAAAAAACAAAAGCUGGUAUCCCUACACCAGCAAGAGGAACGUCUCCUCAAGGACGGGGUGUCUUUUGCCCAAGUGCUGCUUUUUCCUGCCAUGUCAAGAAACUGCUGUCGGUUGGGCACCUGAAACCUCUUGUGCGUUUGCACUUUGGAGAGCUGGUCUUUUGUUGCUGUUGCACUUUCCCACCUGCACGCACAAACACGCCCACCCUCUAAAUGCACCAGAAAAUCUGAGGAAAUUCUGGGUUGCCUUGCAGCGUGCAAACAGGGGCUCCAGCCGGGUGGCUCUCAAGUUGUGCCGGUCCCCCUGCAACACCCUUCUGAGCCCGGGCGCAGUUCAGGCAUGCCCAAGGCAGAUGGUGACAUUGGACCUUCAGGGCACGCUGCUUUAACUCCCCAGUUCUAUUUCCAGCUUGUUCUCUGCUCACACUGAUCUUGGGAGCAGCAGGCCUCUCAGCUGCUCUUCCUCCAAAGAGGGUCCAUGACUCUCUGAGCCAGGUGUGCUUUAAACCCAGUUGGUUUUACUUUAUUUUUAGAGGAUUUCUGGCUCAGAGGGAGUUAGUUGUUAUGACAUUUCAACAGUGCUUAGUGCCUCCACCCUCAACUCAGAUGCCACACUUUUUUUCUGACACCCGUUUCUAGUACCAGGCAAUAGUUGAGUGACAGCUGUCACUCCAUGCAUUAUAAUAGGAAAGAGGGAUCUUUUUUAAAUUCUGUGAAGCCAUAGCUAAGUUAUUCUCACCCUUUCAGCUCCUGAACCGUAUGGUUGCUGAGUUUAGUUUUUCUUGAAUUGAUUGAGGAAAAACAUGAGCCAUUUGCUCCCUAGAACCUAACCUUGAUGUGUGCGCAGACACUAAGGUUUGACCUUGUGCCAGUUUGGGAAAUUAGGUGGGUGAGCUGGCUUGAGGGCACAGCUCCCCCUGCCCAUCUCCACUACCUGUCAGGAUUUGCACAGCCGUACAUGACACGGGUCACACCACCUGCUCCAUUCCGUACUCUCCAAUGUCCCCUUGGCUGAGCGCCUCUUUGCUUCCCCCUUCCCUGGAGCGACUCGCUCGUUCAUCAUGGUCUAAGUUACUUUACAAACGGCACACACUCUCAAAGAGCCUUUUGUUGACCAAAGAUGACUAUGUGGUUGUACAUAUCAAAUUGCUACUUUAUUUUUUUAUUUCAUUUCUUUUUAAAAAUACAGGGUAACUUGUUUUUUAAAGGGUGACAAAGGAUUCCUUGAAGGUCCCUGGAAUGCCUGUCAGGAGCUCACACCCCCUGCUCUGUCCGAGGGCAGACAAGCUGCAGAGACACACGACUUGCCCCCCCGGGGGGGGGGGGGGGGGUGGGGGCAACUGGUAGCCCUCCAGGUGUGAGACUGCAGCUCCUAAAUCCUGCAUUGCUGGCCGAGGCUUCCAGGCCCUGAGCCAUCCACCCCUGCCCCAGUGAAUAUCUCUAAUCAUCCCCCCUUCCCUUCUUACCGACUCAGAACAUUUAAUCUUCUAGAUAGCUAGGUUGGGUCUUCCCUUUUAGCAAUAUGUGAUCCAGAAAAGAUGUAAUCCCAGCCCGUCACUUCUUCCACAGAUACCUCUCCCAGCAGGGAACACCCCUCCCCACCAGCCCCGCUCUCUAUAGCACACUCCCCACUCUUUUCCUGCAAGGGGCUCCAUCACCCUUCUGUAGACGGUGCAGUUCUUCCCAUGCCUCGUUCAGUCGCCUCCCCCAAUUUCUUCACUGCCUCCACCACCAUUCUGGGUUUCUUGGGAUUUGGCCUCUCUCAUUCGCCUGCUCUAUAAAACUCCAACUCUCUCUUUGCUGACACACAUGCUCUAUACAAAAAGCCAAAGCACCAUGAUUAUUCUAUAAGCAGAAGUAAAUCCAUCCUUAGAAUAAAAGCAAGACCCAGAGGAAUUUUUCCCCCAUGAUGCAGGAGAGCAGGGCAUGGUCUGCUAAGACGAGGUCUUGUCUACAGAACAAGCAGAUCUGUGGAGUCCAAAUGGGGAGAGCGUGAACAAAUGCAGGCAAACUUUGGUAGUUGGAAGCCUUCUGUAUUCCACAACCCUGGAAAAAAAUGCAGUGCAGGGGAUCCAAAAGCAGGAUGCAGCAAGUCCGCCCUGCAGGAGUUCAGCAGCAGCACCUGCAGGGCAAGGAGAAAGGCGACGAGGAUCCAGAGCCAGCUCCUCUUCCCCACUCCUGCACGCAUGCGGCUCCGCAAGAAUGCCUGAAUAGGGCUGUGAUCCAACUGGGGACAGUCCCACUCCAGGCAACAGGUGCGGGAAGAGGCAGAUUUAAUGCCUCCCCAUGGGGGAGGGGGGAAUGCUCUGCACAUAGGAAACCAGCAUGGCGAGGGAGCGUGUGCUAGUCUAGCUUUUGCCUUACGAUGAUCUUAUUUUUUCUUUGUGGGGAAUUGCACCAAUUUGUGGGGAGGAUUAAGGCAUGCUCCCACCCUGUAAUCUGAAGUGAUAUGGUCUACGGAUAGUUCGGCCAAGCACUCUGCCUCCUGCUUAGAGCAGCCCCAAGGCCAGUGGAGGGCAACGUGUGGCCCUCCAAAGACUGGACUGCAACUUUGCUCAGCCAUACCCGACCUAGUCAGUGGUGAGGGAUUCUGGAACUGGCAGUCCAGGAACAUUCGGGGACUACAAAUGGCCCACCCUGCCUUAGCAGAAGAUGGCCUUCCGUGGCCAGAUGCUGAGGGAUUCCCCAUGGUUUCCCAGCCUACAACGCUCACUAGUCCUAACUAGUGCACUAUGGAGGGGUGAUGGAGUCUGUGAGCCAAAACAUCUGGGGUGGCAGGAGUGGCUUGGCCCUGCAGCAAGAGAGAUCCGAACUAUUCCAACAUUUUGUAGCUGUGACGGUUGGACAUGUGCUGCGCGUACCGUGGGGGGACGCAAGACAAAGCGACGGGGGCUGCCCACAAUCCAGGAUCAGCUCUGCACUUCAGCUACCAAACUGGACAUUGUGGUCCUGCCUCCAAGAAGUCUUUCAAGGGGGGUGCUGUGCUGGUGCCCGCUGAUUUUUUCUAGUAGUCCGUAGCCUUCCCUCCUGCCCUCCCCCAAGGAGGCACGUCCUCUCUUGGCCCCGGUGCCGUGCCUUUUUAGCCAUACAGUGUCUGCCCGUGCGAAAUGGUGUUGUGAUUUGCCGCUCUGUUUGCCUGGUUGACCCUGGCAACCCAUACGGAAGGGCCGAGCCUUGGCCCGUCCUUUGCUCUGUGUGUGCUUGUCUGUAUUUCCAUCCAAGUAGUGGCCACCCCCAACUCCCGGGACCCUCACCCUGCACCAGAGGUGACGAGCUGCAAGCGGCACAGGUGAGCGAAAGGGGACGAGCGGCAGAAAGGGGGCCCCCCAGCUUGCCCCCCACAAUUCUGUAUUCUCUAUUUAACUUGGGCUUUGCCUUUGCUCUCUGCUUCAGGCUGGGCGGGAGCCCAAUAGCCCGCAACGGCCUGUAUCGUGCUUUCGUGUCUAAAUGCUCUGCCUCCAGCACAGAGCUGUUAAAGCAAUGAAAACUAUUGUAUAAAAAUAUGUGUAAAAAGAGUCUUUUUACAUAAAUAUUCUAAUAAAUGAAUGUUUUAAUUUUUCA